CUUUCUGGAUGCCGAGGCUUGACACGUGAUCAAUCCCCGUGCUGUGAUUGGCUGUAAAGGCGCAUAAUAAUAAGUAGGGAAAAGGUGAUGUCAAGAUUAUUUAAGCGGCCUAGCUAGUAGCAUAACAACAAUGCUGUUCAACAAGGUGUUUAAGGCCAGUGUGCGGUGUGGCAUCAGGCUGCAGAGCUCCGGCGCUGCGGCCAGCGCUGCCGCAUCUCACGGCAGCCCCGCAGCAUCCCUCGGCUACUCAUUUGAGCUGACAGAUCAGCAGAAGGAGUUCCAACAGCUGGCGAGGAAGUUUGCACGUGAGGAGAUCGUCCCUGCUGCACCCACCUAUGACAGGAGUGGUGAAUAUCCGUUCCCCAUCAUCAAGAAAGCAUGGGAGCUUGGACUGAUGAAUGGUCACAUUUCCCAGGAAUAUGGUGGAAUGGGCCUGUCGAUCUUUGACAACUGCCUCAUCACAGAAGAGCUGGCAUAUGGCUGCACAGGAAUGCAGACUGCUAUCGAAGCAAACUCUCUGGGACAAAUGCCUGUCAUUUUAGCUGGCAAUGAUGCACAGAAGAGGAAAUACCUGGGAAGGAUGACCGAGGAGCCUCUCAUGUGUGCCUACUGUGUCACGGAGCCAGGCGCUGGCUCCGAUGUGGCCGGCAUCAAGACCCGAGCUGUGCGGAUGGGCGAUGAGUAUGUUGUUAACGGCCAGAAGAUGUGGAUCACCAAUGGUGGGAAAGCUAACUGGUACUUCCUGCUGGCCCGCACUAACCCGGAUCCUAAAUGUUCAGCCGGCAAAGCUUUUACUGGCUUCAUUGUGGAAGCCGACACUCCAGGAAUUCAAAUAGGAAGGAAGGAGAUGAACAUGGGCCAGAGGUGCUCUGAUACCAGAGGCAUCACCUUUGAGGAUGUGAGGAUACCGAAGGAGAACGUCCUGAUCGCAGAGGGAGCUGGCUUCAAAAUUGCCAUGGGUGCCUUCGACAACACAAGGCCACCAGUGGCAGCAGGAGCAACAGGCCUGGCUCAGAGGGCACUCGAUGAAGCUACCAGCUAUGCGCUGGAGAGGAAGACGUUCGGCAAAGUUAUUGCUGAGCACCAGGCCGUGUCCUUCCUCUUGGCUGAGAUGGCGAUGAAGGUGGAGCUGGCCAGGAUGGCUUACCAGCGUUCUGCCUGGGAAGUGGACCAGGGCCGCAAAAACACCUACUACGCCUCCAUCGCCAAGGCCUUCGCCGGCGACAUCGCCAAUCAGGUGGCUGCUGAUGCUGUUCAGAUAUUUGGAGGAAACGGCUUCAACAGCGAAUACCCGGUAGAGAAGCUGAUGAGGGACGCCAAGAUCUACCAGAUCUACGAAGGCACAGCUCAAAUCCAGAGACUCAUUAUUGCCCGAGAACACCUGGGAAGAUUCAAGAAAUGAACUCUGCACACCUGACUUGUCAUUCAAAUAUACGCUGUAAUUUUUCCAUACAAUUGUGUUCCUGAAAAUAGACGUGGUUACUUAAACUCAGGAUAUAGCUGUAAAA